UCACAGUUUAGAAAACUCCCAACAGUGAAAAUUAAACGUUCUGUUAAACGUGGCCAACAUGAUUCACCUAUUUCAAAACGGGGAUAUCCCAAGUGUUUAAAAAUGUGGUAGGAGUUGUCAUAUCGAGGAAAAGUCGUAGAUAACGCCCAGACUUCUUUGUGUGAUGUUGAACGAAUGUUUUAGAAUGCACGUUACAAAAUUUUCAUCAGAUACCUACUACUUCCUCUUCUUUGAGAUUACGCCUUGGGAUCAAAAGUUAAACUUGGGCGUGUUGCGUGCAAUUAAUACCAAUUAAAAAGCACUAUUUUGAAAUUGUGAGUUUUAUACUGUUUAAGAGAUGUAUAAACAUCUACUGGCACAGCGUGUAACGCGUUAUAAUGGAGAAUGGUACUGCUAUUUAUGUGACUAUUUAUUGUUAAACAAAGAAGAAGCAAAGUAUCAUUUGCCAGAGACUCAUUUCGAGCAGAUAAAUACUACAAACCAAAUAUUGAAAUUCCUGGAUACAAAUAAAAUAUCGAACUCGCAAUGUAACAAAUUAAUAUUCAGUGGAAUUAUUUUAAAGAAUUUACCGCAAGAUUACUUUUGUACAAUUUGCCAAUGUUCCAUACCUACUUUUAAUCAUAUUCAUGCUCAUGUGAUGGGAAAAUAUCAUCAAGUGAAUAAAACAGCUAACACUACAGAGAAAAAUUCUAGAGACCAAAAAAAUUCAGACAGCUAUGCAAGUGAAAUCUCUGUACAAACCGAUACAUCAGAUAUAUUAGAAUACAAUAGUAUUAAAGUCUCUGAUGGACCACAUGAGUAUUUUUGUGAAAUUUGCAAGUGUUCAAUACCUACUUACAACCAUGUUCGCGAUCAUGUGAAUGGAAGGAACCAUCAGGCACAAAAAACAGCUAACACUGCAGAAAGAAAUCUUACAACUACCCAACAAAAUUCAAAUGGAAGGCGAAAUUCUUUAGAUGAAACUAUGGAAAAUCUUGUAAAGCAGAUUAAUGACGUGUGCAACCUGUACGAGACUAUACAAACCGAUACAUCUUCAGAUAUAUUAAAAUACAACGGUAUUAAAGUCUCUGAUGGACCACACGAGUAUUUUUGUGAAAUUUGCAAGUGUUCAAUACCUACUUACAACCAUGUUCGCGAUCAUGUGAAUGGAAGGAACCAUCAGGCACAAAAAACAGCUAACACUGCAAAAAGAAAUCUUACAACUGCCCAACAAAAUUCAAAUGGAAGGCGAAAUUCUUUAGAUGAAACUAUAGAAAAUCUUGUAAAACGGGUUAGUGACGUAUGCAACAUGUACAGGACUGUACAAACUAAUACAUCUCUAGAUAUACCAAAAUACGAUGGUAUUAAAGUCUCUGAUGGACCACACGAGUAUUUUUGUGAAAUUUGCAAGUGUUCAAUACCUACUUACAACCAUGUUCGCGAUCAUGUGAAUGGAAGGAACCAUCAGGCACAAAAAACAGCUAACACUGCAGAAAGAAAUCUUACAACUACCCAACAAAAUUCAAAUGGAAGGCGAAAUUCUUUAGAUGAAACUAUGGAAAAUCUUGUAAAGCAGAUUAAUGACGUGUGCAACCUGUACGAGACUAUACAAACCGAUACAUCUUCAGAUAUAUUAAAAUACAACGGUAUUAAAGUCUCUGAUGGACCACACGAGUAUUUUUGUGAAAUUUGCAAGUGUUCAAUACCUACUUACAACCAUGUUCGCGAUCAUGUGAAUGGAAGGAACCAUCAGGCACAAAAAACAGCUAACACUGCAAAAAGAAAUCUUACAACUGCCCAACAAAAUUCAAAUAGAAGGCGAAAUUCUUUAGAUGAAACUAUAGAAAAUCUUGUAAAACGGGUUAAUGACGUAUGUAACCUGUACAGGACUAUACAAACCAAUACAUCUCUAGAUAUAUCUAAAUACAAUGGUAUUAAAGUCUCUGAUGGACCACACGAGUAUUUUUGUGAAAUUUGCAAAUGUUCAAUACCUACUUACAACCAUGUUUGCGAUCAUGUGAAUGGAAAGAACCAUCAAGCACAAAAAAUAGCUAACACUGCAGAAAGAAAUCUUACAACUGCCCAACAAAAUUCAAAUGGAAGGCGAAAUGUUUUAGAUGAAACUAUAGAAAAUCUUGUAAAACGGGUUAAUGACGUAUGCAGCCUGCAUAGUACUGUACAAACUAAUACAUCUCUAGAUAUACCAAAAUACGAUGGUAUUAAAGUUUCUGAUGGACCACACGAGUAUUGUUGUGAAAUUUGCAAUUGUGUAUUACCUACUUACAACCAUGUUCGCGAUCAUGUGAAUGGAAGGAAGCAUCAAACAUACAAAAAAACUUGCAAUGUAGAGGAAAAUUCUAGAGAUAUCCAAAGACAUUCUGAUGACUAUUUAGAUACAGACAGUGGAACUUCUUUGCAUGAAGAAAUGUUUGGAACAAACAUUAACGUAUGUAUGAAGAAAUGUUCGGAACAAACACCAACUUCUACCACGGGUAGAUUCGAUAUGUUACCGGCUGCUGAUACCAGUAGGCUAGAUAUGUUACCACUAAUUGACGAAACUAGCAUAUUUAUAACUCCUGACAUACGCGAAGAAAUGAGUACAUUGGUCUGGAUGCGUUUACCAGAAGAAAAACGGAACAACAAGAGUGCUUCGGAGCGUUACAAUAGAAUAUAUAAAAUGGAAAAUUUCCUCCUCGAAGAGAUUAUGUUCUCUUGUUGCGAAAUGAAGCUAAAGAAGAUCCAAGAAAAUUUGCAGUUUUACAUUCCGUUUACCAAUCAGAGUGUUACCUGUCUAGCAUGUGAUGCCUCGUACAAUUCAUGCGAUAUACAAAUAUGGUACGAACAUGUUUCUUGUACAAAUCAUGCCGAACAGGUAAAGCAGCUUGAUCCGAAAUUAUUGCAACAAUUGAUAAAGAAGCAAUCUACACACGUCAAAUGUUACUCUUGCAAUGAAAUCAUGGAUGAAAAUGCGGCCAAUAUCCAUGUACAUAUAAAUAAGCCAUUUCAUCAAACGAAUCGUAACAGAUUACUGAAACAAAUCAUGUCUCAUUAUAAUGAUUUGUUGAAACAAACGACCGAUCAUCCUCUCUUUUAUGCUAUUCAGUACUUCGCUUGCGUGCCAUGCAAGAAGAGAUUCAAGAUGAAGAUAGAAUUUACGGAUCAUCUCUAUGAAACACAUAGAUUUCUUAUGCGUACUAAAAAUAAUAGAGGGUUUGGUUUUUGUUUAACAUGUGCUAUUCUUUGGUAUGACAAUGAUAAAUGUCUUUACUCGGCACACUGUAGAAAUCCAAUACACAAAUAUUUGGUAAAUUCCAAUGAUUUUGCGAUUAAGCCGCUACCGGAGGAGGUGACAACAUUACUGGAAAGCAUUGACGAAACUGUUGAUGAUGUGUUUAAAGAAUCGAACGAUAAAUAUUUUCGGUAUCAUAUACAAAGAAUCAUGGAAGAUUUAACGUAUACUUUCACGGCCGAAUGCUUGUUUGUAAAAUUGAAUGUAAAAUUACAUGUGUACGGCUCUAAGUACACCGGCUUAGCAUUGGAGGACAGCGACGUCGACAUAUAUGUUGAUUUUGGUAAGCCCAUCAACCCUGAAUCAAUUGAAAGCAUGAGCAGAGAGAUUGAGUCGAAUUUACGUUGUUUCUUUCAUCUUUGGAGAAUAGAAGAAGUCUUGCAUCAUACCAGAACUCCGAUCAUAAGAGUAAAACACAAACCAACGGGAGAAAUGUGUGAUAUUUCUUAUACGCAUGGUUUGUCAGUGGAAAAUUCCAAGUUAAUUAAAUCUUUCAAUGAUACUUAUUUGCCCUGUCGAAAAAUGAUAUUGUUUCUCAAAAAGUGGAUGAAGCUGUGCUAUUUCACAAGGGGAACACAGAAAAUAUCAAAUUAUGCUCUCACCUGGUUGGUUAUCUUUUACUUGCAAGUUAAACAUGGAUUUCCGAGUAUAAUUUCUCUAAUAAAGAACCAUAACAACUCGAAGAUUGUCGCUGGCUGGCAAGUUGGUGUUGGCGAUACAUUCGCUAUCAACGUACCUGAAUUACCGAUACACGAAUUGUUGUUGGGUUUCUUCGAAUAUUACGGAGAAUUCAAUUACACACGUUUCGUUAUAUGUCCGUUGUUAGGCAAAGAAUGUGAUAAGAAACUAUUUUCAAUACCACUUGACAAGAAACCAACGUUUCCGGAGGGCAUGGAACCCUACAUGACACAUUUAAAAGGCGACAAUCCGGAAUUUUUUAGAAUUGACUCGUCUAUGUGCGUGCAAGAUCCAUUUGUUCUCUCGUUUAAUAUAACGAGAGCCGUGCAAAUUUUAAUGCUCAGAGAUUUCAAGCAUUAUUGUAAAGAAAGUGCUUUGAAAUUGCGUAAAAUUUCACCUUGCUGACCGAUAAAAUGGUAUACGGUUUUAUAGUUAUUAUUUAUUAGGUAUAUUUUAUAUCGAUUUGUAUUUUACACUGUACAAAAUCGAUAUUGGUUAUAAGACCGCAAUAACGAUUGCCGAUCGGUACAUACACUAUGUUUUAAAGUAUAACAUCCUUGCAAUUUUGCUGAUUUCGUCAAGGAAAUUUAAUAUUAUAAUCUUAAUUAUGACAAUCAUUAAUUGAACAAUUAUAAUAUUCUUGUUACACUUUUAAUCAUAGAUUAUGUCCAGGCAUCGUCGUGUCUUAUUAUAUCUAAGAUAACUAUAAACUAUUUUAUUCAUAUGACCAUGUAUACCUUUUAUAUUUUACGCAACAUUAAGAUUUGCAAUUAUUUGUAUUUUUGAAGACCUGUUAAAUACAUAAUGAAAAUUGCUAACUUUUGUUUUUUUUUACAUUACAUAGUUACGUAAUACUUGAAUUAUAGAAUUAAGCAGUAUUCGUAGUUUUAAUAAGUUGCAAGCUAGAAUCUACAGAAUUUAAUUUUAUAUUCAUAUUUUUCAUUGAUUCUGUAGUGAACCUUAUAAAACUGUUCCAUUGUAACAAUUUUUCUUUCAUCUUAAAGAUUACACACAUGUUUCCUAUACUUUUUAAUAUUUCUAAAUAUAAUGAUGCAAUAAUGAGUAUAAUUAUAUAUAUAUGGUAAAGUUGCAUCUGAAGAUGUAUUGACACUUGCACCAUUGAUUUGUAACAAUUUUAUGUUAUCAUUAUUGAUUGUAUUACAUAAUACAAUUCUUCAAAUAAACUUCCGAUAUCAGGGAAACAUUAGUUAUAAGGCUCAGAAAUAUAUUCUUUACAUAAACGAGAUAUACUAAGCAAUAUGUAAAACCCCUUUAAUGUAUUUCUCUAUUUUACUUCCUUUUAUAACCAUCCAAUUAUUAUAUAUAUGCUCGGCACUACAGCCUCAGUUUGAAGGCCUAGGCCUACUUCUCUCUCUCUUUACAUAUGCAUGUGAUGCGCAACACAGGUUGCUCACAUGCAUAUGGGACCUACAGUUUUACGCCGGUUCCGAACGGCAGUUAGAGAGAAGUUUUCGUGGCAUGGGAAUACUACUCUUGGUGGUUUGCCAAGACCACCGAAAGAGGAGCGUAUGCUCAGCCCCCCCCCAUCUGGGGGACAAAGGGACCUUCUUUUCCUCUUAUAUAUGCAUGCGUUGCGCACACAGAUUGUACACAUGCAUAUGGGGGAUCUACAGUUUUAACGCUGGAUCCGACGGCGGUUUAGAGAGGAGUUGGAGUGAAGUUUUCUUGGCAUGAGAUUACUCUUGGUGGUUUGCCGGGCCACCGAAGAGGAGCUACGAGCGUAUGAAAAAUUUGCUGGUUCUGCCGGGGAUCGAACCCGGGACUAUUAGCAUAAUAGACUUGUGC